AUGAGGGAAGACAUCGGUAUCUGUUUGACGCAAAAGAAUUUAGGGUUAGGGUUUUGGUGGGAAGACGAGGCCUUUACCAAAUCGCAAAAUCCCAAAGAACUGAGCGACGCGGUCGAUUCCAUGAGGAAGCUGUUAGAAGAUGCCAAGCAAUUGCGUUCCGUCGAUCAGCAUCAAGAGCCGGAUCAAACCCUUACCACUCCUGCAAUUUCUAAUGUGUUCUUACAGAACACGGAUACUGAGAUCAUGUCUUCUUCUAAGGAUGCCGUGAAUAAUCAACAACUAGACUCAGAUGAUCAUGAUCAUCAGGACGUUAAGAACGACGACAUAAAAAAGAACGAUCAUGUUUUACUUGGCUGCGGAAAUCAAGAGCCGGACCAAACCCUAAAUCUCUAA